AAACAAAACGCCACAGUGACUGCAGAAUUGUUCACAUCAGCCGACAGAUUAUUGUCGAUUCAUAAAAGGCUUUUACUUCAAAAACCACAGGCCGGAAGUCCCGUCCCCGUGCAACUCCUCCCGACUUUGACGGUGGUGCGCAUCUCACCGACCGGGAAUACCGAUUUCUGAACAUUUCGGCCUCUUUUUUUUUUUACCCCCCUCCGCCGCACCGUAAGCCGUGUGUUUUUUUUCUUUUUCUUUCUGCAAGCGGCAGCACUUGAGGCGGGGGAAGCGGGUUGCACUGGCGUCGCCGGGGCGAAAGUGAAAGAUUCCAUCGGUCAGUGUCAUGACAGACGGAGAUGACACACAUCCAGCAGGAGCCGUGUUUGUUUUGUAUGGCGAAAUGAGGCAGGGGGUGGAGAGUCGCCACAGAGACGCUGGGCUCCGGCCAAACAUCACCGCAUUUUAGCACUUUAUUCGAUGCUCGGGAUUUGCAUUGCAUUGCAUCUGCUGCAUCGCUGAUCCGGCCCAAUUUCUUGCACAGUGCAUGGUGGAAAAUGCAGCUUGUUUGAGGACACCCCCCUCCUCCUCCUCCUCCUCCUCCAGAUACCCAUUGCUGCCAUGAUAGGCAGAGGUCUCCUCUCGACCGCGGCUCGGCCGGCUGGAGAAGAGGCGGAUUGAUUCGGGACGCUGGGUCGCGUCUGCGGAUGUUAUUCUGUCCGUGGAGCCCGUGAAUAUCAUCUGCGCACAACACACCGUGAUUCUUACUCAGGGAAAAAAAAAAUAAUAAAAGGUGUGGGGGGGAGAGAGAGAGAAAGAAAACAACAUGUCUUCUCGAUCUGCAUUACCGUCUGGAAACGACAGGAGUACUGGAGACCAUCAUGUGUCACUGGGGGCCAGCCGUGCAGACAAGGCCACCAGCCAGUCCAGUCGCUCGCUGGGCGCCCGGUGCAGGAAUUCCAUCGCCUCGUGCUCCGACGAGCAGCCGCACAUCGGCAACUACCGUCUGCUCAAGACCAUCGGCAAGGGAAACUUUGCCAAGGUCAAGUUGGCUCGCCACAUCCUGACGGGCAAGGAGGUUGCAAUAAAAAUCAUUGACAAAACUCAGUUGAACCCAACCAGCCUACAAAAGCUCUUUAGGGAGGUCCGGAUAAUGAAAGGCUUAAAUCACCCUAACAUAGUGCAGCUGUUCGAGGUGAUUGAGACUGAUAAGACCCUUUACCUAAUCAUGGAAUACGCUAGUGGAGGUGAAGUGUUUGACUACCUCGUGUCUCAUGGGAGAAUGAAGGAGGUUGAAGCCAGAGCCAAAUUUCGACAGAUUGUUUCCGCUGUCCACUACUGCCACACGAAGAACAUUGUCCACAGAGAUUUGAAGGCGGAGAACCUUCUGCUGGAUGCCGACGCCAACAUCAAGAUAGCCGACUUCGGCUUCAGCAACGAGUUCACGCUGGGCAACAAGCUGGACACGUUCUGUGGCUCGCCGCCCUAUGCUGCCCCUGAGCUUUUCCAGGGCAAGAAGUACGAUGGGCCCGAGGUGGACGUUUGGAGUCUCGGAGUCAUCCUCUACACACUGGUCAGCGGCUCGCUGCCUUUUGAUGGGCAGAACCUGAAGGAGCUGAGGGAGCGCGUGCUGAGGGGGAAGUACCGCGUCCCUUUCUACAUGUCCACAGACUGUGAGGGGAUCCUUCGCCGAUUCCUGGUGCUCAACCCCUCAAAACGCUGCACCCUAGAGCAAGUCAUGAAGGACAAGUGGAUAAAUGCAGGGUAUGACGGGGAAGAUCUGAAGCCCCAUAUAGAACCUGUUGAAGAUUACAGUGAUCCAGCCCGCAUCGAGGUGAUGGUCGGGAUGGGUUUCACUCCAGAGGAAAUCAAGGACUCUCUGCUCAAUCAGAAGUACAACGAGGUCACAGCCACCUACUUACUGCUGGGCCGCAAAGGCGACGAGGGCAGUGAGGCCCGCACAGCUAGUAGCCUGUCCCUGGCUAGGGUACGACCAAGCCCAAUCACCAACGGGACCAACAAGCACUCCUCCGCCACUGGCUCCUCCUCCUCCUCCACCUCCUCCUCACAUAGCAAGACCCAGCGCAGUGCCUCCACCUACCACAGGCAGCGACGACACAGCGACUUCUUCCUCCACAACAAAGGCGGGCCCUCCAUGCCCGUCAUGCACCCCAAACGGAGCCCGACCAGCACGGGCGACCGGGAGCUGCGGGAGGGACGGAUGCCUUCACGUAAGGCCAGCUGCAGCGUGAUGGGGAGCCACAGCCUCCCUCCCUCCAGCCCAAUGGUCAGCAGUGCCAACAACCCCAACAAGUCAGAGAUCCCCGACCGCCGCAAAGACAUGACUGCCACCACGAAUAACAUCCCCGGAAGCGCCAUGACACGCCGGAAUACAUAUGUGUGCACGGACCGCUCGGGCACUGACAGACACUCUCUUCUGCAGAACGGCAAAGACAACAGCUCUCUGGGCCACCGCAUGACUGCAGCGUCUCCCUCCACGCUCAGCAUUUCCGGGGCCGGAGCCGCCUCCUCCUCCUCCUCUUCGGACAGAUGCCGCCUGACCCGCGGCUCAACAAUCCGCAGCACCUUUCACGGGGGACAGCUGAGGGACCGCGGGCCCCCGGUGUACUCAGCCCCACCCACUUCACCCACCUUGUCCCACCAUGACGCAAGCCCUCUGCCGCAUGCUCGCACCAGGGCAACCUCCAACCUCUUCACCAAGCUGACCUCGAAACUCACGCGCAGGGUCACAAAUGAAUCUGAGGGAAUCAGGAGAUUUGCGGUCACAAGUUGCCAUCUACCUGGGUAUCAAAAAGCGUCCGAGCCCCGGGCCGUCGGACGUGGCUGGGAUCUGAGAGGCGGUGUGCGGCGGGACCCUGCGGAGGUGGUACUGGCUCUGCGGGAGGCGGCGCUCGGAUGUGGCUGCCAGGUCCACCAUGCCGGCCCCUUUCUGCUCUCCUGCACCCAUGGCGUGGCAGGGGGCCGCGUGGCUUUCGAGGCCGAGGUGUGCCAUCUUUCCACGGGCACCUCCGAGACUUCUAACGGGGUGCGCUACACGCGACUCUGGGGGGCACCGCUAGCUUUUCGGGACAUUGCCACCCAAAUCUCUAAGGACCUUGAACUUUGAACGGAGGGUGUGUUUGUGUACCAGUGUGUGUUUUUGUGUGAGUGAGUGCUGAUGUGUGUGCGCAAAGGGAGGGGGGUGGAAAUAAUUGCUGAAAAAAAAAAAAAAGAAAAAAAAUUAGCGAAGAAGGGGCGAGGGGCUGGACCCGAGAGAAAAGACUUCUCCUUCUGUCUCUUUCAUGACUACCCCACCUGCACACACACACACACACAGACACACACACAAACACACACACACACAGAUACAUGCACACCUGACCCGUAAAAGUCACAAAACUGAAGCACCCCCCCUCCACCCAAUCACCCCACCCAGCUCAGCCAAGUUCUUCACUGAGCAACUGCACCCACUGGACCUGGAUCAGACGGAAUCUAGUUGAAUAUUUUUUAUUGCUACUCUAGCCAUAAUGACUCUUUAUUUUGUUAUUUAUUGCUCUGAUCAUUAUCCCACUGUCACUUUCACCACCACCGAAAAACACCAUCUCUUGUGUAUCGGACGUCAUCAACCAGCCAGUCCUUUUUUAACAAAUGUUGUUUUAUAUGUCACCUUUACGCACACCAUUUUUUUUCCCUGAUGUGAUUAUCUGCUGACUUUUUAUCACCUGGGAACAACAACAUGCGCAAACAUGGAGAUGGUCCAACUCAGUCAUCAGAUAAGCGGCCUCAGAGGGUUGCAUUGGUUUGAUUCGUGUAGAUACAGCAGUGACGCCUGCACUGGAUUAGGGUCAGUGGGAGCAGGGUUGACAGGCCUCUGAAGCAGCCAAUCAGAUGCUGACCUGGAAUACAAAAAGCCAGUCACAUCUUCCACUUCAUUAACAAGCAGAUCUGUUGCCUAUUAAUCACAUUAGUGUCUGCAUAGGACAAGCAGAAAUGACAUUAUAAUUAUAAUUAUAUUGAGAAACAAACCCAUUGGUUAGCACAAUUGAAUUAAUAAAACUUAUUUUGUUAAAUGGGCAAGUUGUAAGAUAUUACCAGAAUUUUAGUUUCAAACAUUUGAAAAAAUAAUGAAUGUGAGGAAAUAAGUAAAGAUGUCUUAUGUACUGUGCUGCAGAGAUUUCUACUGAAGUUAGCAUGCUAACCAGCUAGCCCCGGCUUGUCCUGCCUCCUAAUACCAGUUUGUACUACGUGAGGAUAUAGUCCCUGUAGUUUCAGCUUGGAGAUAUGUCCUAUGACUGCAUUUCAACACAUCAUUUUUGGUCGCUGCUGAUAUCCGACUAGCUGCGACUUCACACCUUUACUUUCACCGCUCUCCUGUAAGUCACCUCCGUACUGUGUCCCCUGUCUUUAAACUGACCUCCUUCAUUCUCCGUGGUUGUGUUAGGUCCCAGUUCAGUUCCGUCUAGCUGUGUUCACUCUCAGGCCGCUAAACCCAGUUCUGCUGAACGCCGUCGCUGGUGGUGAACUCCCCCAGUCGGCUCUCAGUCCAGGCAAACUCUAGGUCCCAUGAGCUAAUUAGCUAAAGGUAGCUAACAAAGGCCAAGGAUUGUUCGCAUAGAGCAGCAGUUUUAUUAUAUUUUACAAACUAAAACUAUUACUGUAAGGGUAUAUAACUUUUAAACUAUUAUUAUUGUGUUUUUAUACUUACUUUCAAUGCUGGCUCUCUACUGAAUGAAUAGAGAGGCCUGCACAGACUUGAUGCACACAUGCUGCUCUCUGGUUGGCUGGAUUCAUGGUCUGUCAGCUCUGUCUGGUUGUCGCCAGUAGCAUUUGUUCCCACCCCAUUUCACCCUUUUACCUUCCUUCAAAAGUAUUGUACUGAAGACACGACAGCAGAGACACAUACUUGAGAGCAUCUCUCUAUCUCAACGCCCUCAACUGUUGAGAUCUUUCAAGCAAGGCGUGUGCGGUCUUGAAAUCUGUCCGUUGUCCCGCCACACAAUAACGGAGAUCCUUUCAGUCUGUUUAAGUUUCAGUGCGAAGCAAUUCAUUGUUUCUGUCCUGUGCCAUGUGAUCUCACCUCAGCCAUCAUCCUAGUACGUUGAUGGGAAGCACCAAAAGCAGAUCAGCCAAGCAAGCGAAACCUCUCACAUUGCACACCCACCUUUGCACACACACUCAGAGAAACACACACAUCCAAAUGUCCACCCUCUCCUUUUGGCGGCACAGUCUAUAAACUGGUCUGCCCAUUAUUGACGACUGUGGGGAUCGGGGGGGGGGGAGUGUUCUGAAUCUGGAGAGACAUGAUGAAGGCAGUGUGCACAGUGUUUUCUUUUUGUUAGUCCAGUUGCCUUUAAAGUGAACAACCCCCAGCGCCUUCAUACAGUACAUAUUUAAUGUAUAAAAAAAAAGAGAGAGACAGAAAAACUGAGAGAGCUUUCUAUUCUCCCUCCCUGUUUUUAGUGAAUAACGUACUGUGAUAUUUCCGUAGGCUACAGAGAUCAUGUUGUUUGGCUGCUGAUUUACUGUUAAUACUAUCUCUCUCAGUUGUGGCUUUGCUCAUGGUGACCCAAAACACACCCCCCCUUAACCACCUCCAUUUCCUCUUCCGCCAUCAUAAAACUCCCCCCGACUCCCUACAUUUAACAGGGACUCCAACCUUAGCUGUCCACCACCUCGGUAUGUACCACCCACUUUUUUUCUAUUGUCACAAUGAGCGGUCGGCUUUCCUCGGCUCGUUGUUUGAGACCCUGCUUUCUUGCGGGGAGACACUCAGCCAUCAUCCGCACUCUCACAUUGUAGACCCACGUUUGACAUCUUCUCAGUCCUGUUUGGUGUGUGCUGUUUCAUGGAGCCCAACAGGGGAGACCGGUGCUGACCUGUCCUCCUUGAGGUGAGAAGCAGACACCAAGUCCAAUCUGUCCUUUGUCCUCUCCCUGGACGUUUCUCAUUGUGGUGUAUAUUAGCAUUAGGUAAUAUAGACCUCAAUGCACUUUGCUUUGACUUGAAUCAGCUCCUUCCAGUGUACCUGUAUAGGUAAUACCCAGAACUAGCCACUGGAGGGCGCCAAUGUCUUAAAUGUGAAACACUUCAAUUUGUGGAUAUUUGCACAGGUACUUUAUUUAUUUUUUAGAAUAAUAUCAUUUAAAAAAAAAAACAGGAUUUAUAUCAGUCAGUUGAUGGCUGUAUAUAAAAUAUAUGAAUAUAGUAUAUAUCUUAGAGCUCAAGGUUUAUUUAUAGCUAGAGCAAGGGAAGUAAUUCUAGUUUAAAGCAGAUUCUGUCAGUGACAAUGGGGAACAAAAAUCAACCUGCAAUCCUGCAUGACUUCAGAGUUUGGGUUUUGGGGGGAAAAAAAAUGAAAUAUGAUGCACACCUAGGAUUGGAAGCUUUGUGAAAUGCAGAUGCGAUCGUUUUUAGACAUAAAUUGAUACAAAGAAAUGGUGCUAAAUGCAGCGCCAGGUCCUUCCCCCCCUUUCACAGAAAUGAGCUGGAGGGCUUGAGUGAAAUACAGUGACUUCACUCCACCGGGUUUGCUAGAGGAUAGGUUGCGUAUGCUAAAGAGGACUCCUGACUUCUUAGAGGUAUUUAGAUGCUAUGAAGUGUACCACAACGUACAGUGUGUAAGUAAAAGGUUUAGUUUUAGAUCCAGACACUUGCAUUGGGUAUUAAUUGUGCAGUUUCAACUUGAAUUUACACUUUUUAAGUCCCUGACAUGUCGAAAGCCCCGGGUUGCAUACAAGCCAUAGAAACGUUACGUCACUGUCUCCUGAUUGCAAAUAUGAAUCAGGUUGUUUGCGAAGUGAAACGGGCUAUAAAGCAAAUGACUUAAUGUAAAACAACUCACUCUUAGUAUAAGAUGGAUGAACAUUGUCUUAAGGUGGAAUCUACUGUGAAAAAUUCUUGAAAAGAGUUUUUGUUGAGUGUUGAUUAAACACGUGUGUACCUGCCCAGACAUUGGUCGGGCUUAGAUGGUGGAUGGUACAGUAUUAGGACCCUCGGGGGCUCAGUAUUUAACAUGCACUGUCAUUUCAAAGCUGAUUUUGGAAACAGUUGAUGUUAUAUGCAAAAGAGACUGAAGAAACACACAGUUUGACCUGUAUGAGUAAUUUUACACUGCUCUGCUGUUGAAUUCCUCCCCUCAGAAACAAACUGUAAACUGAGAUCAAGUGGUUGUGGUAUAUAAGGAGAACAUGGAGCUGAAGAUUAAUAAAACUCACUGAUGUUGGCA